CAUCCUCCUCAUGCUAGCGUGCAGCAGUGUAAGGCAUGGCGUGAAUGCGGGCGCUUCCAUGUCAGGAGAUCAGCGCUGUGAGGUUCCCGUGCUGUUCAGGACAGGGGGUUCUUGAGAAGAAUACCAGUGUGGAAUAUGUCAAAAGAAAUGAAGGGUCAAUAUGAACCUGUCGCAGAGAUUGGCGUCGGGGCUUACGGCACGGUAUACAAGGCCAGGGACCUUCAAAGUGGAAAGUUUGUUGCCCUCAAAAAUGUGCGGGUGCAAACCAACGAGAAUGGACUCCCCCUCUCUACGGUCAGGGAAGUGGCUUUAUUGAAACGCCUGGAGCAUUUUGACCAUCCAAACAUUGUAAAACUUAUGGAUGUUUGUGCUUCUGCCCGAACUGACCGAGAGACUAAAGUGACGCUGGUGUUUGAACAUGUGGACCAAGACCUGAAGACUUACUUGAGCAAAGUCCCACCUCCAGGUCUUCCACUGGAGACUAUUAAGGACCUCAUGAAGCAGUUCCUUUCGGGCCUGGAAUUCCUCCAUUUGAAUUGCAUUGUGCACCGAGACCUUAAACCGGAGAAUAUCUUGGUGACAAGUGGGGGACAGGUGAAACUUGCCGACUUUGGCCUAGCGAGGAUAUACAGCUGUCAGAUGGCUCUCACGCCCGUGGUGGUGACGUUGUGGUACAGGGCCCCAGAAGUCCUGCUUCAGUCCACGUAUGCCACGCCGGUAGAUGUGUGGAGCGCGGGCUGCAUCUUCGCAGAGAUGUUCAAGCGAAAACCCCUGUUCUGCGGCAAUUCAGAAGCUGACCAGUUGUGCAAGAUAUUUGAUAUUAUUGGGCUUCCUUCUGAAGAGGAGUGGCCGGUGGAUGUUACUUUGCCACGUUCUGCCUUUUCCCCGAGGACUCAGCAGCCAGUGGACAAGUUUGUGCCGGAAAUCGAUGCCAUGGGAGCCGAUCUUCUUCUGGCCAUGCUGACCUUCAGCCCUCAAAAACGUAUUUCCGCCUCCGAUGCUCUGCUCCACCCCUUUUUCGCUGACGAUCCCCAGGCCUGCUCCAAACAAGAACACUUUACUCAUAUCUGCACCGCAACGGAUGAAGUGAAAUGAAACGGCAUCCCUGCCUGGGGGCUCCAGGGUCGGCGCAGAUGUGGGCACAUUAUUUGCUUUUUCUCUGCCUUAAAGGGAGUUCUCAGCGGGAGGGGAAAGCAAAUAAGCGAUAAAGUGACCAUGUGAUCCUUGUAAAACAUUUCCACUUCCUGGUUGUAAUGGAUUUUAUGCUGCAAAAGUCACUGUGACCGACGCAAGAUUCCGCUGUUCAGAUCAGCGCCGUUUCGCAUUUGUGCCUUAUCGGUCCUUACAUUUAUGGUUUGGGGAGCUCCCUUAACCAGAGACGCACAAUAAGCUACACUAUCCUCAUUAUUUCUGUUCUCACCGCAUUGAUGGUGUCAAAUCUCGGCUUUACCACAAUUUUUAUCACGGUGCUCUUUCUGGGGUAAAAAAACAAAAAAGACUUAUUGAUCAUGUGCUAAAAUUUAGCGCACGCCAGACUGUUCGAGAGCCCGACAAAUAAUUUCUACCAUUUUUGUACUGUUUUACAAUAAUGUUUUAUAUUGGAUUUUCAAGGGUAUUUCUAUUGCGCUGGGGUGGGGUAAAAAUUGACCUGCGGCUAUUUUGUUCCUAUGGUAAAAACAUGGCAGUCUUAACCCACUAGGGAUCCACGGAAUCCGCUAUUUUUUUUGUUAGGCUGAAUCCUCUACAAAAGAUUCUGCAAAAUCUGAACCCAAAUUUGCAAGUUCAUAUUGGAUAAAAACCAAGCAUUUCACAUUCAGUUAUUGAGAGCUUAAAAGACAAAUGGCCAUGAGGGUUAGGAUUCGGCUGAAUGUUAAUGUUUCAUUAAAGUGCUAGGUUUUAACCAAAGCAACAACCAAAACUUGGCCUUGUUGCAUCCCUACAACUGACAUCUUGAUCUUUCAUGCUGGUGAAUGUUGGACGGUCAUGGGCCCAUUGUGGGUAUAAUUUGUUCAAUUUGGAGCCUGCCUCGCUAAAUCCUUUAAUGCAGAAUUCUUUCCUUUCUGAACUGCCCUUGUUUGUCUGUUGACAUUGAAACCCCAUUAUCAGCGUUGGUUCAACUGCGCACGCUGUCGUUCUGAAUGUUACAGUUCAGCUUUAAAGUCUACUCAUAAAGUGAAGUUUAAAACGGGUGGGAAUUGCCAGAUUUAGUGUGAGGGUGAAAGACAAAAAAAAAAA